CAGAGUCUGGUGACCAAUGCCUCGACCUGCUGUUCCACUUGGCUGUGAUUCCAAACUAGAUGGGCGACGCAUGCGCUAUGUCUCCCCCGCCAGUGAGCAUCUUGAAGCAGUCCCGCGUCAGGGAUUUCCUGGCAAGAAAACGGGCAAGAGAAGAAAAAGGAGAAACCCUGGGUGGCACCAGCUGAAAGUGCUCUGUGCUGCCACCUGGUGUCUAAUGCCCUCACUACAUGGCUGUCACCGAGGUGGGGCAGGUUGGCGCCUCAGCAGGGGAAACCAUAGGGCACCAGACAACGUUGGGAGAACGGAUGAAGAAAACGAUGACGAGGUUAAAGGAGAAAAUAAGUUACAUGACAGUUUCCAAAAUGGUUCUUGCUUUCCGCUGAAGAUGGGCCGCCGUUGGGUUGUAAUACACUCACGUCACGGCCCCCAGCUUGUGCUUUACAAGAGGGAAUAUAACUAGACUGGUUAUUUUAGGUUAAAAUAGCCAAGAGACAGACGCUUUCGCCUCAGAAAUAUUCUGAGACACAUAAAAGAAGAAGGAACCAAGUCUCUUCAGUCACAAAAUGUAGUACAUCCAGCAUAUACUAGAUUCAAUUAAUUUAAUAAAAUAGAAUAUACAUAGA